AUGGGCGGAGAUACCCUGAUCUGCGAUGCGAGGCUUUUGUCACAGACAGACGCGAAACGACGACGUAUAGAUGUAACGGCUUCGCCGGUCGCCGAGGAUGUCUGUAGUCUUUGCAAGCUGCAGGAACCCACCGUUGACCCCGACAAAGAUGUUCUUUGGGAUACCACAAUGAGGCGAACUAUGUAUGCGUGCAUUGCCUGGCCCGAUGAUCGGCUCUAUCGAUUGGUGUUUCUGGAUCGUGUCGUUGCAUUUAAUGGAUGUCAUUGGGCGUCCGUGGACAUUUUUCCAACUUUUUACGUGCCUUGUGCUCAGUUUUGGCACGUCCCUGUCCCUCUGUUAGGCAUUUAG